AUGAAUAAAAGGUAUUAGUAAAAACCAUAAUCAUACUUUUCAAUAAUUAAUUAACUAAUCAAACUUGUAGCAACUGUUUGUCAGGUUCCUUCUCCACACUGACAAGAAAAGGCUAUUUAUUUUGCUUGUAGAAAAAGGCAAGAUUGAUCAUAUUUGGGGAAAAAAUUUGCAUAAAACCAUCACUUGUUCUAUCAAUCAAACAUUUUUAAAGAAAACCCUAAUAUUAAUUAUACUUGAACACAUCAAAACAAGCAUAGAUUUUGUCAUUUAUUACUAAAAGGGGAAGGAAAAAAAAAGAGAAAUUAAUAGAGAACAGAUUCAAAAGCAAAUAAAGCUCUCUAAGAAGAACAAGCUUGAAGUGUAUUACCAAGAACAUACGAUUCUCCCCAAUCGCAAAGCAAAGCAUCAAAAUGUUACUUCUUCAGCAAUGGCCAAUGCCACCCUCAAUUCACUCUUCUCGCUUUCUUCACCAAUGGCUUCCUCUUUCGCUCUCUCGCGCCUUCUUCGUGCUUACACUUCAAUUGCUGCGACUUUGCUUCUUCUUCUUCUCCCUACACUCCUCCACAUCCAAGCUAAAGGUGGAUCCAUCGGAGUCAAUUAUGGAACGUUGGCUGACAAUCUCCCUCUGCCGUCUAAGGUUGCGGAAUUCCUCUUGGAUUCCACCAUUAUCGACCGCAUCAGACUGUUCGAUGCCAAUCCGGACAUCUUAAGAGCUUUCGCUCAUACACGCAUCUCAGUAACCAUCACAGUCCCCAAUGAUCAAAUCCCCCGCUUAGUAAAGCCAAAUUUCGCAGAAGAAUGGAUCAAAUUCAACGUCCAACCCUACGUACCUGCCACUGACAUCAUACGCAUUCUAGUCGGCAACGAAGUCUUGUCCACCGCCAACAAAAUGCUCAUCGCGAAUCUCGUCCCGGCGAUGCAGAGCCUCCACACAGCCCUCUCCGAAGCCUCAUUGAGCCGCCGGAUUCAAGUCUCGACGCCACAUUCACUCGGAAUCUUGUCGAACUCAAGCCCGCCGUCCACUGCAAGAUUCCGGCAAGGCUACGACACGCACGUAAUAAAGCCGAUGCUGAGCUUCCUGAGAGAAACAAACUCGCCGCUAAUGGUGAAUCCAUACCCAUUCUUCGGCACCACCGCCGAAACCCUAGAUUACGCUCUCUUCCGGCCAAACCCUGGCGUGUACGAUUCAGAUUCAGGGAUUUUAUACACCAACAUGUUGGACGCUCAAUUGGACGCUGUUUAUUCCGCCAUGAAAAGCUUGGGCUUUGCGGAUCUGGAUAUUGUUAUUGCCGAAACGGGCUGGCCCUCUAAGGGUGACCCGGCCCAAAUUGGCGUUGGCCCAAAAGAAGCCGCCGAUUACAACGGGAAUCUCUUGCGACAUGUCGUAUCAGGGGUGGGCACGCCGCUAAUGCCGAACCGGACCUUCGAGACGUACAUUUUCGCUCUGUUUAACGAAAAUCUGAAGCCCGGUCCAGUCGGUGAGAGAAACUUUGGUCUUUUUGAACCGGAUCUGAGUCCGGUUUAUGAGAUUGGGAUUCUCCGGCCCACGGCCCAGUCGUCUACACCGAGAGCCCAUCACGGCCCAGAACCCACACCAAAAGGCCCAAGCCCAAGCCCAAGCCCAGUGGCUGAUGGUAAAACAUGGUGCCUGCCCAAAACCGAGGCCGACUCCGAGGCCUUGCAAAGAAACAUCGAUUACGUUUGUGGGCUGGGCUUGGAUUGUGGGCCGAUUCAAGAAAAUGGGCCGUGUUUUCUUCCCAAUACGGUCCGAGCCCAUGCUGCUUACGUCAUGAACGCGUACUUUCAAGCAACAGACGGGAACGAUUCAGAUUGCGAUUUUCAACAAACGGGCGAUCUAACCACGGUGGAUCCAAGUUAUGGGAAGUGCAAAUAUUGGUAAAAUGGGAGAUAUGGAAAGAAGGCAAUCCCCUUUAUUGCAAUUUUCUUAAAUA